CGAAAACAGUACAUUUUGAAACAAAGCUCCAGUAAUUCUUUGAUUUAUGAAAUUGCCUGGGUGGUAGUUUUUUGACACUGGCCGGAUCCCGUCUUUCCUGUUGUGGGUGUGGACGCUCAUGACCACACAAAUAAUGGAGGAGAAGCAGCGGUAACCGUCUCUGACAAGUUGAAGACACAGUUGUGGUUCUACUUUCACGUCCCGUCCUGCUUGUAACGCGUGGCUGUGAUGCUGUGUCAGGAUGGGAAAUCUCUUCGGAAAAAAGAAACAGACGCGAGUGACGGAACAAGACAGAGCGAUUCUGCAACUGAAACAGCAGAGAGAUAAACUGAGGCAGUACCAGAAGAAGAUCGGCCUCCAGCUGGAGAAGGAGCGGCUGCUGGCCAAGCAGCUGCUGAGGGAUGGCAGGAAGGAGAAGGCGCUGCUGCUGCUGAAGAAGAAGCGCUACCAGGACCAACUGCUGGACAAGACGGACAACCAGAUCAGCAACCUGGAGCGCAUGGUUCAAGACCUGGAGUUCGCGCAGAUAGAAAGGAAAGUCAUCGAUGGGCUGAAAGUGGGAAAUGAGUGUCUGAAGAAAAUGCACGAGGUGAUGUCCAUAGAAGAAGUAGAACGGAUCAUGGAUGAAACCCAGGAUGCCAUCGAGUACCAGCGGCAAAUAGACGAGAUGCUGGCCGGCUCCCUGUCACAGGAGGAUGAGGACGCUGUCCUGGCUGAGCUAGAGGCCAUAACGCAGGGAGAUGUUGAGCUUCCUGAGGUUCCUUCAGAUGAGCUUCCUGAACCACCGGAGGCUGCGGAGGAGAAGCCAGAGAGGGAACAUCCCAGAAAGAAACCGGAGCGAGAGCAGCUGGCCAUUUAGAAACCCAACCGAGCCGGUCCCACAGGAAGCCACAGAACCAACUGUCCUCCAGUGGAGCCUGAGAGGAAACCGGACCUCAUCCUCAUCCAGCUGCUGCUUGUACUCAUCGGCCACGGCCUGAUGCAUGAAGGCGCUGGAACUGAUUCUCCUGCAGCGAGAGCCGAACCACGAAGACCUGUGAGAUCAGAACAUUGUGCCUAGUGUUCUAUGGAUUAGAGUGAAACACCACAGAAUCAUUUUAGACAGUUAAAUGCAUGUAUAAAUUACUUUUUUUGUAUCA